AAACACUCCAGAAGUUCAUAAGUUGUUUGUCAAGAAGUCAUGAAAUAAGUGCUUUUUCCGCCACGUUGAAGAUAUUUGUAGCAUGAAAGAAAGACUGUUUCCUGUGGUAUUUUGUUGAAAUAUGUGAAGAAGCUUGAUCAUUGCUGGUUUAUGGCAGAGUUGGCUGAGUUUCUUAGUAUUUUGAACUAACGAAUUAUAUGAAGUGGCAGUAUGUUAGUUCCAGUAUUUACACUGAAUCUCAGCCAGAAGAUUCUACCAGGACGAGUAUGCAUUGGGAAAUAUGAUGGCGUCCAUAGUUGCCUUACUGCAUCAACUACUGCAGAUAAGGUGUUCAUUCACAACUCUCAUCAGCGACUUGGUUUAGAAGGGGGUCGUAUGUCUCUCAGCCAAAGUAGUGCCGAGGUAUCCCUUCUCAACAUUAAUCAGACAGUAUCUGCACUCACAGCUGGUGGAUUGAUCAAAUCCAAGCAUGGUGAUAUCCUCGUUGUGGGAACUCCAACUAAUGUUUUGGCUUAUGAUGUUCAGAAUAAUUCAGAUGUUUUUUACAAAGAUGUAUCAGAUGGAGCAAAUGCUAUUACUAUUGGUCAGUUGGGCCAUCAUACAUAUCCACUGGCUCUCAUUGGAGGAAACUGUUCCAUCCAUGGCUUUGACAGUGAGGGCAAUGAUCCAUUUUGGACUGUGACUGGUGAUAAUGUUUCAUCAUUAACACUGGCAGAUUUUGAUGGAGAUGGAGAAAAUGAGCUUUUGGUAGGUUCGGAGGAUUUUGAAAUCAGAGUUUUCAAACAAGAAGAGAUUUUAUUUGAGAUGUCGGAAACGGAAGCAGUGACGGCACUCUGCCCGAUGCAAGGUUCUCGUUUUGGUUAUGCCCUUGCCAAUGGUACUGUUGGAGUUUAUGAAAAGCUGGCAAGGUGGUGGAGAAUUAAGUCUAAGAACCAGGCAAUUGCAAUCUACAGCUAUGAUCUUGAUGGUGACGGUGUUCCCGAGCUGAUCACUGGCUGGAGCAAUGGGAAGAUGGAUGCUCGCAAUGAUCGUAGUGGAGAAGUUGUAUUUAAGGACAACUUUCAGUCAACUAUAGCUGGUAUCGUGCAAGGAGACUACCGCAUGGAUGGCAAAAAUCAGCUUAUUUGUUGCUCUGUUGAUGGAGAAGUUCGUGGUUACCAGUCUUCUUCACCUGAGAGUCGGUAUUCCAUGAUGGAUGUGAAUGUCGAACAAGAAACAAUCCGAGAAUUGAGUCAGAGACGCCACAAUCUUCUGCUGGAGCUGAAAAACUAUGAGGAAAAUCAGCGCAUGGGAUCAUCUGGAGAGGUGCUCUUCGGGAAACCUUCUACUGCUGGGGACCAAGUUGGAGUCAUACCUGCCAACACUCAACUUCAGACUGGGCUUGCUAUUAACAUGGGUAGUGAAGAGAAAAAUAAGCCACCUCACGUGGAGAUUGCUCUAGCCACAACAAAUGACACUGUAAUACGUGCUGUCAUCAUAUUUGCCGAAGGUAUCUUUGAAGGGGAAAGCCAUGUGUUUCAUCCGAGAGAAUCGACACUGAGCAGCAACAUAAGGGUCCCUUUAUACCCUCCCAAGGAUGUUCCAGUCGAUCUUCACAUCAAGGCCAUGGUGGGAUACAAAGGGUCAUUACACUAUCAUGUAUUUGAAUUGACCCGUCAACUUCCUCGCUUUUCAAUGUAUGCUCUCUGUACCACUGCAGUCAACCAGCCUCAGGGAUAUGUCAAGUUCAAACUGACUGAACGCGUUGCAAGGAUUGUUAUGUGGAUAAAUUCAAGCUUUCUGCUCCUGGAUGAUCUACAAGCAGAUGAAGAAGGAGGACUUGAUGUCUCAUUUCUGUCAUUGCGUUCGAAUAUGCCACUCAUUAUUCAGGCCACACCACAAUGUGAGAUCACCAUACGCUUGGAUGAUAUGGACUUGGCUGGUGAUAUCAUGCAGACACUUAGUAAUUAUCUUAACUUGGAGGACUUGCAGGUGGAGGCAGACUUCCCAUCUGAAUUGGAGCAGCUUGGGUCAGUGCUGGAGCGUGUUGAGGAGUACCAUGCUACCCGUCAGCGUCUCUCGGCAGAAAUGGCGGAUCAUUCGGGAGUUAUUCGCACCCUAGUGGUUAGAGCAGAGGAUGCUAGGCUCAUGUCUGACAUGCAGAGCAUGCGUCAGUGGUACGGUGAGCUAUACAAUCUCAACAAGGACCUGAUUAGUGGGUAUAAGAUCCGUUGCAACAAUCACCAAGAGCUUCUCAACUGUCUUAAGCAAGUCAACCAGACAAUACAAAAAGCUGGAAGGCUCAGAACUGGUAAGUCAAAGACUGCAGUUGUGAGUGCCUGUCGACAAGCAAUCAAGAACAACAAUGUAAAUGCACUAACAAAAAUAAUUCGCACCGGCAGUGCAUAACAGGACAUCCUGGGACAAAUUAUUCAACUGAAGCAAUGAAGUCACUGGCACGGCACAAACAUUCAUCUAAACAGUUGAGCAAAGUUUGCCCCGACUCCCAAACGGGAAAAGUUCAACCAAGAUGGACAUGGUUCCACAGAUGACCAGGAUCAGAGGGUCUAUCUUUUCAAGAUUGGAACACUUUAGUCUUGUCUCCUUAAUUGGUAAGAAGAGCUACUUCAAAACCCACACUCAACUGCUUAGUCAUCUUCCCACUUGGUGCCUGCUUCACACACUCUUGAAGGAUUAGUGUACUUCACCCACACUGGAAGGUUUUAAUUUACCUGCUUCACACCCACACUGGAAGGUUUUAGUAUACCUGCUUCACACCUACACUGGGAGGUUUAAUAUACUUCAUAUAAGAAGGCUUUGUAUGCCUGCUUUACUUUUACUGAGUUACAGUAUGUCUGCUUCAUGCACUCUUGGAGGUAUAGUAUGGAUGCUGUAGCUAUUUAAAGGUUUAGUACAUGUCACACAUUCACUUAAAAAUAAAUAAAUGAAAGAAGCAAAGUGGCUGCAAGUGUGUAUGAAUGCUGUAAUGAAUUUUGUUUUGUUAUUGCUGUAUAUACUAAUUACUGUGUAAACCAUCUGUGAUAAGUAAUUAAGCUAGUCAUAUUUAUAUACAAGUUUUGAACUAGUCAUCGAAGGAGAUUAAUCUGCAGAUAUGUUGCUUUAGUAAUGACUGCUGUUGAAAGUGUCUUAUGUCUCUGCAGAAGUUGUGCAACACAGUCACACUAUUUUGGUGUAUAGUAAUUUCAAUAUUCAAAUACAUUGUAUAUAUAUGG